UCAAUGUCAAAAUAUGUCAACUUAUGUCAAUUGGCAGCAUGGGCGGUGAUUUGUUUUCACGUGUUUACGAAUAAUUUUUAAUGCAAUAAUUCCAAAAUGAAGCAUAAAAGGUUUGAGGAGAACAUUUUGAUAGACGAAGCAUACACUAAUUACGGAAAACCUGACAAAAAUGCCGACGAGAAGAAAGGUCAAGGUAUCGCUAAGAACUUUGCAGAAACUUUAGAGUUUGAAGACAAAAAGAAAUGGUACAGCCAGCUACCAGAGGAACCGUCAGUAACCAAGACCCUAACAAGUGAGCAGGUGGAAGAGUUGAGAAAGGAAGCGAGUAGUGCAUUGCAUGGAGACACAUUAGCAUAUGAGACAAAGACAAACAGGAGUGGUUCGUCAGAUCACCAAUGGGCAAAGACACUGUUGAACAAGGGCGCUAUAGGAGACAGAGUGGCCGCUGCUACUAUAUUGAUACAGGACAACCCCCUAUACAACUUGACGGCUUUAAGGAAUUUAAUCAACAAUGUAAAACCAGCUAAGAAGAAAGACGGAAUCGUAAUUAUAGAUGCUCUCUCCGAGUUGUUAAUAUCGGAGUUGCUGAUCCCAGAUGUGAAGUUGAGGACUUUUGACCAGCAUCCAUUAGCACAUCUGACAGAGAUGACAUCCGGCAACAAGCAAGCCAAGAGGAACAUACUCAAACUGUGGUAUUACGAGGAUCAGUUGAAGGAGUUGUAUGGAACAUAUGUCGACGCGUUGAACAAAUUCGCUCACGAUUCAGUGGAGGCCAACAAGGAGAAAGCAGUCAGUGCUAUGUCUUAUCUGUUAAUGCAUCAUCCAGAAAGGGAAAAGAUCCUGCUAACAAACAUAAUCAACAAACUCGGUGACCCAUCGCAGGCUGUAGCGUCUAAGGUCAUCUACCAUCUGUGCCAGCUGCUGUUCAACCACCCCAAUAUGAAGGCAGUGGUGUUGGCAGAGAUCGAGAAGAUGUUGUUCAGAACGAAUAUAUCGCCGCGUGCGCAGUACUAUGGCGUGUGUUUCCUGAACCAGUUUUUUUUGGGCAAGGACGAUUCGAAGAUCGCUGAGAAUCUCAUCAGAAUAUACUUCUCGUUCUUCAAAGCUUCCAUCAAAAAGGGCGACAUCGACUCGCGCCUCAUGUCCGCCAUACUGACGGGCGUGAAGCGUGCGUACCCGUUCGCGGACGCGGAGCGCAUGUGUGCGGCCGCGCACGUGCACGCGCUGCACCGCCUCGUGCACCUCGCCGGCUUGAACGUGUCGGUGCAUGCGCUUGCGCUGCUGUUUCACAUCAGCGGCAAGGGGAAUGCGGAUAGGUACUACACCGCCCUCUACCGCAAGUUAACAAGCGUGGAGAUAUUCAACACGACCCACUCCGCACUGUUGUUCUCACUCAUAUUCAAGUCGUUAAAGCAAGACAAGAAUAUAGAUAGAGUGACGGCGUUCAUCAAACGGUUGCUGCAGUUGUGUUGUUACAUGACUCCUGCGCAGGCCUGUGGGAUACUGUUCCUUAUAUCGCAAGUGUUGAAGGAUGGCGCUAAGAAGGAAGCUGUGAGGCUGGUUUGGAGUAUAAAGGAAAUUAAAGAGGAAAUAAAAGAAGAGAUACCAGUAGUGAAUGAUGAAGCAGACGACACUGUAACAGAAGUGAACGGUACGUUAGACUCCACUGCAGAGGAAGAGAUCAAAGUGGAGCAGAAGAGAGUCGAUCUCCUGCGCGGUGACAAGAAGGAUCUGUUGAUGGAUGAUGACGAAGAACAGUAUGUGGACCUCAAAAUAGACGAGGAAGGCAACGUCAAGCCGAAGAAACGCAAGGCGCCGUCUGCCACCACCCCGGGCUGGUUCCACGCCAGGGUCAAAACGGAAGCCGAGGUCAAAAAUGAUGAUGAAGAGAAGGAGGCAGUCGCUAAGAUACAGCUGAAGAAGACCGUUAAUAUGGAUAAGAUGAUAACUGAGUACAAUCCGUUCUCUCGCAACCCGUUGUACAGUGGCGCCACCUGCUCGGCGUAUUUGGAACUGAUAUUGUUGUCGAAACACGCUCACCCCACUGUCAAGCUGUUCGCUAGGAAACUGCUCGAUGAUCAAAUAAUCCAAUACAGCGGCGAUCCGCUAAAGGAUUUCUCAGGGAUUCGAUUCCUGGACCGGUUCGUGUUCAAGAACCCCAAGAAGCGAGCCGACACCGAGCAGGAGGACGGCGUCAAGAAGGUCAAGGGAUCGCAUCCCAAGUUCGCUGUCAGGAAAAACUAUACUGCUAAAGGUAUGAGAAGCAUACCAAUAAAUUCGUCUUCAUAUCUGAACGAAGACGCUUCCAAGAUACCGGUCGAUGAGAAAUUCUUAUACGAUUUCCUGCGCAAGCGCCGCGAGGCCCAGGCUUCUGACGACGAAGACAGCGACGUGGACUCCGUCACCAGCGAGGAUUUCAACCAGUACCUGGACAACCUCACGGGCACCAGCAAGACAGCGGAAUCUGACGAGGAGAUCGAUUACUUGGCGGAGAUGGAAGCUGCGAAGCAGAAACGGCCGAAGAAGGCUGAUGAUCAUGAUAAUGAUAAUGAUGACCUCGGCAGCGAUGACGAUGAUGCUGAUCUCGAUGAUGUGGAGGAAGGAGGUUCUGACGGAGAACUGAAUAUAUCGGCAGAUGAGGAUGAGCCGGCACUUUCUGGGGAAGAAGACGAACUACUUCUAGAAGACGACGAUGAGGAUGACGAUAUGAUAGACGUGCCCGGAAAGAAGAAAGGAAAGUCCAAAAUGAAACUCAAAGGUAAAGACGAUCUAAGCUCCCUCUUCGCGUCAGCCGAAGAAUUCUCCACGCUUUUAGAAGAAACGGCAACUAACAAGAAACAAGGUUCUAGCCAAGCCGUUUCAAAUACCGACAACGCCAGCGUAAAACAACUAGCUUGGGAGGAAAAACGCGAUCGAUGGAUUAAGGGCUAUAAUAAAAAUAUUUUGGGUAAAAAGAGCAAAGGUAAAUUCAACAAACCUAAAGGCAAGAUGGCGGACAAGCAAUCGUUCCAAAAAGGCGGGAAGCGAAAAGGCGGGAAACCUGAAGGCCCGGGUGGUAAAAGGAAGAAAAUGAAAUGAUGUUUGUUUUAUUAAAUCGUGUAAUCAAUAAA